UGAAGUUUCACUUGUAACUCCGGUACCUUGCUUCACCACACCCUGCCUUAUUUUUUGUUGUUAGUUUCUCUUCUGAGAAAGAAAUCUUGAACUUGGACUCAAAAUGCUCUGAAGGACAUUGGCAUUCUUUUGGGAAACCACUGCAUCAUGACCCAAGACAAAGAACCUAUCAUCAGACAAGCUUAUUGUCUUUAUCUCAUGACCUUGAUUGUUGGAGUCUUCAUCCAGUUCUCUGAGGAAAGUGAAUUUGCAGUGGACCUGUCAAAAACCGGCCUCACUCAUGUUCCCAGAGACUUAUCACCACAUGUCCAAAUCUUAGAUAUGUCUCAGAACUUCCUUUUUGAGCUUCAGACCUCUGACUUCAGCUCUUUGUUAGGGUUGAAAGUUUUAAGACUUUCCCAUAAUAGAAUCCAGAGGCUUGAUUUCAAUGUGUUCAACUUCAACCGGCACUUGGAGUACUUAGAUUUAUCUCACAAUCACCUGCAAAACAUAUCUUGCUAUCCAGUGGUGAGCCUGAAGCAUUUAGACCUCUCCUUCAAUGACUUCAGUGCCCUUCCUGUCUGUUUUGAAUUUUCCAAGUUAAUACAAUUGGAUUUCUUAGGGCUGAGUGCUACAAAGUUCCAACAGUUUGAUCUGCUACCAGUGGCUCACAUAUAUCUAAAUUACAUUCUUCUGGAUUUAGGAAAGUACUAUGUGAAGGAAGAUGAGACAGAGAAUCUUCAAAUUCUGAACACAAAAACACUUCACUUCAUCUUUCCACCAAAUAGUUUGUUCUCUAUCCAAGUAAACAUCCAAGUUAACACUUUGGGAUACUUGCAUCUGACAAAUAUUAACUUGAAUAAUGAAAACUGCCAUGUUUUAAUGAAAUUUUUAUUAGAACUUACUAGAGGUCCAACCUUAAUAAACAUUACCCUCAACAAUGUGGAAACAACUUGGAAAUGUUUAGUUAGUAUUUUUCAAUUCCUUUGGUCCAAACCUGUGGAAUAUCUCAAUAUAUACAAUUUAACUAUAGUUGAAAACAUUAAUGAAGAAGGUUUUACUUAUUCAGAAACAAAGUUGAAAGCACUGAAAAUAGAACAUGUAACAAACAAGGUUUUUCUUUUCACAAAGACAGCAUUAUACAGCAUGUUUGCUGAGAUGAACAUUAUGAUGUUGACCAUAUCAGACACAGCUUUUAUCCAUAUGCUUUGUCCUCAGGCACCAAGCACAUUUCGGUUUUUGAACUUUACCCAGAAUGUGUUCACAGAUAGUAUUUUUCAAAAUUGCUCCAAUUUAGUGAGAUUGGAGACACUUAUCUUGCAAAAGAAUGGGUUAAAAAGUCUUUUCAAAGUGUCUCUCAUGACUAAGGAUAUGCCAUCUCUCGAAACACUGGAUGUGAGCUGGAAUUUGUUGGAAUCACAUAGGUAUGAAGAAGAUUGCAUUUGGGUUGAGAGUAUAGUGGUCUUAAAUCUGUCUUCAAAUGUACUCACUGACUCCGUUUUCAGGUGUCUGCCUCCCAAGGUCAAGGUGCUUGAUCUUCACAAUAAUAGAAUAACAAACAUCCCCAAGGAUGUCACCCAUUUGGAAGCUUUGCAAGAACUCAACAUCGCUUCUAAUUUUUUAAUUGACCUUCCUGGAUGUGAUCCCUUCAGCAGCCUCUCUGUGCUCAUCAUUAACCACAACUCAGUGUUCCACCCAUCAGCUGAUUUCUUCCAGAGCUGCCACAAGAUUAGGUCAAUAGAUGCAGGAAACAACCCAUUUCAAUGUACAUGUGAGUUAAGAGAAUUUGUCAGAAACCUAGGUCAAGUAUCAAGUGAAGUGCUAGAGGGCUGGCCUGAUUCCUAUAUGUGUGACUAUCCUGAAAGGCUUAAAGGGACCCCACUAAAGGACUUCCACAUGUCCCCAUUAUCCUGUAACACAGCUCUGCUCAUUGUCACUAUUGGGGCCAGCAUGCUGGUGUUGACUGCUUCAGUGACCUUCCUCUGCCUCUACUUGGAUCUGCCGUGGUAUCUCAGGAUGUUGUGCCAGUGGACCCAGACCAGACUCAGGACUAGGAAUGUUCCCAUAGAGGACCUCCAAGGAACUUUCCAGUAUCAUGCUUUCAUAUCGUACAGUGAGCAGGAUUCUGCCUGGGUAAAGAAUGAGUUAGUUCCUUGUCUAGAAAAAGAAAAUAUACAGAUUUGUCUCCAUGAGAGAAACUUUGUUCCUGGCAAGAGCAUCGUGGAGAAUAUCAUCAAUUGCAUUGAGAAGAGUUACAAGUCCAUCUUUGUCUUGUCUCCCAACUUUGUCCAGAGUGAGUGGUGCCAUUAUGAACUCUACUUUGCCCACCACAAUCUCUUCCAUGAAGGGUCUAAUAAUUUAAUUCUGAUCUUGCUGGAACCCAUCCCACAGAACAGCAUCCCCAGCAAGUAUCACAAACUGCGGGCUCUCAUGACCCAGAGGACUUACCUGGAAUGGCCCACAGAGAAGAGCAAACAUGGACUUUUCUGGGCAAACAUUAGAGCUGCUUUUAAUAUAGAAUUAACACUCAUUGAUGAAAAUAAUGACAUGAAAACUUAGAAUUUUGGGGAAAUUCAACCUAAGAAACUGUCAUCACCUUGACUUGUGAGCACCAUGACCUUCAAUUAUUACCUAGAGGUGUUUCUGUUAUCAGUUAGAGAACAAAUGUCCUCAGAGGCUCAUGUGCUGAAGUAACAAGGGACAAGGUUAGUGGUAGUAUUUAAAAGUGACUGUGUUAUCAAUGAUUAAUUCAUUGGGGAGUCACAGCUUAAUGGGCUAUUUAGAAGGGAGGGCUUGUUAAAGAACUAAAUCACUGAGGCCAUGUGUUUGAAGGGAAUAUCUUGUCUCAGGCCUCUCCCUCAUUUUCAUAUUCUCUCUCUCUCUCUCUCUCUCUCUCUCUCUCACUUUCUCUCUAUCUGCCUCCUGACCACUAUGUGGUGACCAGUCUCCUCCUUUGCCAUAUACUCCCACUUGCCACAGACCCAAAGCAAUGGCCUGCAAACACAUUUGUGCUGAAACCAUGAAUGAAAAUAAACCUUUUACCCUUGUUUA